AUGUCUGGGUGUAGAAACACCCCGGGGGCGGCGGCGAGGCUGCUCAGAGGGCGAGCGGUCGCCGUCCUCCUUCUCGCGCUAAGCUGGCACCAGUUCCGUGGAGACCAGGAGUCCCUAGUGACGCCCUGCUCUGCCGUGCGUUUUUUUAAAGUGCUUACAACUGUUACCGGGGCUCUCGGCAUCAACGAUGCGAUCAGAAGGACUGCGAGGAGUGCAGUGCGGUCUACAGUCCAGAAGGCCAUGGAAAAGAACGCGAGUAAGUCCUUGGACGCGCUCAAAAGUGAGGUGGAACGUGGAAGGAAAAGUCGCGAUGACGACGAUGACGAUGAUGAAGACAAGCCUACAGAAAGGGCACCCAGUGCGGUUGCAACAGUCGCGAACAAACUUCUGAGUGCAUCAGGCGUCGGCAGUUUGGUCGGAGCUGGAGCCGCAUUAGCAGCGGCUCACACAGGCGGGAUCGGCCACAUGCAGAAGAAACUCAAGGAAGCCGGCCUCUCUCCUCUUGGGGAUAUCGUGACUGAACAGGCUAAAGAAUUCAUGGGUGAGGGCGGCCGCAACGGCCCGCAGAAACACUCGCGCGAUGACGAGGACGACGAUGAAGAGAGCGACAGGGGAAGACGCAAACAUCGACACCACCACGACGACGACUAA